AUGGCUGCAUUACAACGCAAAUCAGCCGACGUCUCCUGUUUUUGUUUCGCCACGAGCAAGGGCCAUCUCGGUCUCGUCACUCGUUCCAUUAUUUCUUCGAGCACACCACAGCCAGCGAUUUUUGAUGUCGAAAAUUCUCAGCCAUCUCACAUUGAUUCAAUCACAUCUGAAAGUCAACACAAGGACUCCACCACUUUGACAUCCUGGCGACCAUAUAUAGUCUGGCCUGGUCUGCAUCACAGGACUAUCUUUCAAGUUGCUGGACUUUCCACAGCUACCGCAAAUGCUUUCUCCUCUUCCCUACCUUAUACUUCCCUUCAUACUCUUUCUUCUCCAACCUCGUCAUCACCACCCCCUUCUCGCCUCCUGGUUGCAACGCCACCACAAACAACUUUGCCACCUUCGUCUCCUCUUGUAUCAUUCUUUUCAGCUCUACAUCCGCCGUUCGGCCUGCUCAGCCCCCCGGAGACUUCUCAAUCUGUUCGAUCUUCAACAGAUAAAAGGGUGGUAGAUCAAUCGAUGGGAUUGCUAAGAUGGAAUCAAGGAGUGAAGCAAUCAAGUUGGUUGAUAGCCACUGUUGGAUUGGAUGGGUCAAUUAUGGGUGAUAAGGGAACUGGUAGUUGA